GUGGAUUUCGGAGGAGUGGAGCGCAGCAGCUUCCUGGAUGGAAACGAAACGCAGGAGCGGAGCUGACACAACAGCAGCGCACGCCAACAGCACACUAACAACGCGCACAGCACGCACAGGCCAGACGAAACAGGAGCAAACAGGACGUAAAACUCGAUCGCGUCUCCUCUGCAGUCUCGGCCCGGGCCGUGACUGUGGGACAAAGGCGGUGUCGGGGCGGCCGCAGUGGCAUUAGGCGUUGACAGCAGGUUAUUAUUACAGCAGCAGCAGACUGUUUCAACACAUGUGUCUGUGCCACAGAAACAAGAGCACUGCGGCUGCGGAUCCCGACUCGAGCUGCUCCUUCACCCACUUGGUCCACAGGUAAGGAACAUGGAGGCUCAUCUCCACCCGCAGCAGAAGGGCUAAGAGUAGCCUGAUCCCUUCUCCCCCCGUACCUCUCUCACCGUCUGCCCCGUCCCACCAUGGACAGCGGGAGUCCCGCCUCGGACCAGGAAGCUCGGGAUGCGACUCUGGACACACCUGAGGCUGCCUCCGACCCCCAGCCGGAGCCUGGGGUCUUCUGCAAGCUGUGCCUCAGCGAUCAGCCGUCUGCAGCCACCAGGGAGCUGCAGAGCUGCAAAUGCAUCUACUGCACAGCGUGUUUGCAGCAGUAUGUCCACUUAGCCAUAAUGGAGGGCGGGGGGACACCCAUCACCUGCCCAGAUAUGGCCUGCCAAAAGUCUGGAGUGCUACUGGACUCUGAGAUUGCUAGCCUGGCUGCGGGGGAUCAGGCGGAGCUGUACCAGCGUCUGAAGUUUGAGAGAGGAGUGAAGCUGGACCCCAGUAAAGCGUGGUGCCCUGUACUUGAAUGUCAGGCAGUGUGCACUGUGAUGCCGAGCACCGAGGGCCACCCCGCCGCUGUGCCCUGCCCGACCUGUCACGCCGUCUUCUGUUCCGGCUGCAGGGGGCCCUGGCAGGACGGCCACACCUGCCCCACGCGCCAGCCCAUAAUGCUAUCGUCGCCCUUUCACGAAAGCAGGGCCCGCUCCGACAGUGGCUCCGACAUGCCCAUCAAGCAGUGCCCCAUGUGUGGCAUCUACAUCGAGAGGAACCAGGGCUGUGCGCAGAUGCUGUGUAAGAGCUGCAAACACACCUUCUGCUGGUACUGUCUGCAGAACCUGGAUGGUGAUAUCUUCCUGAGACAUUACGAUAAGGGGCCAUGCAGAAACAAGCUGGGACACUCCAGGGCCUCUGUCAUGUGGAACAGGACACAGGUGGUGGGUAUCCUGGUGGGGGUCAGCAUCAUCGUGCUGGUGACGUCUCCGUUCCUGCUGCUGGCCUCGCCCUGCAUCCUGUGCUGUGUGUGCAAGCCAUGCAAAGGGAAGAAGAGCAAGAAGAAGACGAAGAGAAAGAACGACCUCAGCCAGAAAGACCCCGCCACAUAAUAGCAGCACCCCGCUUUCAUCUGCUUACCCAGGAUCACCCCACUAACUCCAUGAAAGCCAAGGAAACUGCAAGUGCUGCAUGGUGGGAAAAAUAAAUAAAAACUCACGAAGCGAUGGAAUAUUUUUUUUUUUUGUUGUUGUUGUUGUUUCUCGACGGAGAGGAUCAUCAGGAUCAACAAGCGCGGACUUUGAUCUUAAGCCUCAGUGAGAAUUACAAGAGAAGGUUUUCUUUAUAUGGUGGAAGUGUAAAUAUGUGGAGAAUGAAUGUAUGUCACUCGCCUAGCUAGUUUUCAAAGGCACAACAGGUAGUAAGUAAAAUGUUUUCCUCAACAGGGCUCUUUAACACACACACACACACAUGCGGUUCUAAGUGCGACGCCACCCUCAUGUGCCAAACGUCAUGAUGCCAAACCCGAGGUGUUAGGUGCUCAAGUGCCUCGCUCUACUGUGCCUGGUGCUUGGUUCGAUUUGUUUUGCCUUCCAUUCUGUCCUUAUCUUAUGCAAAACGUUGUAGCGCUAUGAAAAUGGACAACCGUCGGGAUCGCACAGGGUUGCGGAUCGCUCAGCAAUGCAAAACAUUUCUUUGACAAUGGGCGACGGCAAGAGGCAUCACGUGUGCACUCUGUACUCUGUGAAGAUAAGAAACAUGAUAGGGCUUCAAUGGUGCACAGAGAACUCUUCUUCUGUUUGUUGUUUCCACCUGGCCUAUGUUUCAGACCAAAGGCUCUAAAGGAUAAUGUGUACUUUUCUAAAGUGUAUUAUUGUGUAUUCAUGAGUUUGUGCGUGUGUGUGUGUAUGGUGUCAUUUCUACCUUUGGGUUGUUGUUUCAGCAUUAGAUAUUUUAUAAAAGCGCCAUUACAAAUGAAAAUAAACAUACUGUACUGAACGUG